UUCUGAUCCUCGUAGCAACCGGCAAUAUUUGCAAUUUUCUCAUGGAUAUUUUGUACAAUUUUUGACAUAUUUUGUACGAUUUCGAUCCGAUUUCUCGUCGAAUACGCCGCACGAAUUUGGUCUUUCUUGUCGAGUGGUUAUAUCAUGUCAAAUCAAAGAGUUCAGCUUCAAAAUGCCGAAAGUUCCGUGUUGUUUUUGCAAAAACAACAUGCGAAAACCUUGGAAGGUUUAUACUCGGAGAUCAGCAAACUUCAGAAGAAAUGUGGAGAGCUGACGUUUCAAAUGGCAAUGAACUCGACUACACUUACUUCGGAGGAAGAAAGUUUUCGAGAUAGAAGUCUCAAAGUGGAGAAAGAGCUGGAGAGAAAAUCAGAAGAAAUUGCAGAAUUAAACAAACGACUUGAGGGCAAGACCAAGCACAAUGCCUUGUUAGAAAAGAACUUCAGGCAAAUGCAGGAAAUGUUUGAUGAAUCAAUAAGGACUAAGGAUAGGCAAAUCGCUGCGCUCACUUCUGAACUUGAUUCAAACGCAGGCAACACUGCUUAUCUUGCUAAACAGUUACAUGACUCAAAAGUUGCUUAUGCUGAACUUAGUGACAGGAUCAAUAUGAACUUUGCUGAGAGACCUAUAAUUUCUCCUGCCCCUCCUGGAGAAAAAGCACCGACGGGAAAUCGACGAAGAUACAUCAGAAAAGUUAUUGCAUCAAAUGGGAACGUCAACAUCGAAUCGGUGGAUAGCUUGAAUCCAACUACACAAAAAAUGCUUCUUAAUGUCAAGACUGCAAAAAGUAACGAAAACUUUCCCACACGUUCCAUUAGGAGAUCCCCUACUGUCCCCACAACAAAUCGGCAAGGGGCAAGGUCUUUCAAUGAAAUGCCUGUUAAUCAAUCCAGAAAUGUUCCUGAAGAUUACACAGAUUUUUUGAAAACUGGUUCCAAACCAGAACCAAAACUUGUUUACAAACCAGUUCCUAACCCAUUGCCUCCUAUUGUGAAUGGUGUGGAAGAAAAUGGAGUGCAGGUCCCUUACAAGGUUCAUCGGUCUAGGGGUCAGGAACCGGGAAUUGUUGAUGAGAUCAUUGUCUCACCUCUGAAUUCACCAGACAAGAGUUGGCACCAGGGGUCAAACCAAUAUGAUCCUGUUUCUUAAAAGCUCCAUGAGCUUACAACGCAUGUGUGGCACAAACACAAAAGAUUUUGACAUUUUAAGUAUAGUUCACUGAUAUUUGUGAAGAAAAAGUAUUUUAUACAAAAAUGUGUGCAAAA